CAGAAAGAGAAAGAGAAUCGGGAGAAAAAGAGAGAGAGAGUGAGAGAGCGAGACCGAGAGACAGAGAGUGGACACUGUGUUGAGGGAUUGUUUUUUUGGGUCCGUGCUGAGCUCCUCAUGCAGACUCCACAGACAGCAGGUGUGGGACUGAACCAUGUGAAGCUAGAGGUGAAGGAGAAUCACAUGGCCCAUCACACCGUCGGCCUCAGCGGCACUCACCUGGUCACCCGCAGGGGCCAGCCUUUCAAACUCCUGCUCCACUUCAAUGAGCCGGGCUUCAGCCAUCACUACGAGGCGCUUGCCUUCCAGGUUCUGUUAGGUGACCUGGCCGUGGAGUUCCCGGUUACGUUUUUAGAGAACAUGACCAAUGUGGGAUGGAGAGCCUGGAUUUAUCCUCAUGAGGUGCUUCCCAGGUGUGUGUCAGUGCCUGUACGAGUGUGUUCUCCUGUCUCUGCUUCUGUGGGACUCUAUGAACUGAAUUUGAUCGUCCAGAACAGCCUCGGCCAGCGAUGUUACAGCGCCGGCCGCUUCAUCCUGCUCUGUAACCCGUGGCUGAAAGCGGACCCUGUGUAUCUCCCUGAUGAGGGGCAGAGGGAGGAGUAUGUGAGGAACGACGCUGGCGUUCUUUAUCUUGGCACACCUCACAACAUCACAACAUGGCACUGGGCCUUCGGUCAGUAUGAGAGUGAGGUUCUGGAGGCGUGUGUGAACCUGUUGCAGGUCAGUCCGCAGCAUGUGUGGGACAGAAGGAGAGACUACCUGCGCCGCUCGGACCCCGUUUACAUCAGCAGAGUGAGCUGUGCCAUGAUAAACUGUGGGGAUGACCGAAGUGUUCUGGAAGGAAGCUGGUCAGCUGAUCCCCAGGCGUUGGGUAACGGUGUUGACCCUGCAGACUGGACAGGAAGUGCAAAAAUCCUGAAGCUCUGGGCUGCUACGCAUUUCAGACCAGUGUGCUAUGGCCAGUGCUGGGUUUUCGCCUCCGUCAUGUGCACAGUGAUGAGAGCUCUGGGGAUCCCUUGUCGAGUUGUCACCAUCUUUAACUCAGCCCACAACACUAAGGGCAACCUGAUCAUGGAGGAGUAUUACACAGACAGCGGGCAGAAACUGGACCUGUCUCAGAGCACAGUAUGGAAUUUCCAUGUGUGGGUGGAGUGCUGGAUGACCCGUCCUGACCUGGGCAGUGAGUUUGAUGGGUGGCAGGUGCUGGACCCAACUCCACAGGAGAGGAGAGCAGGCAUGUUCUGCUGUGGGCCGUGUUCUGUUAAAGCCGUCCGGAUGCGGAACGUGAACCUGCUGUAUGACACCCCAUUCAUCUUCGCCUCUGUGAACGCUGACGUGAUCACGGUGGUGGUGCGGGACGGCCGAGUGGUCAGCAGGAGAGUGGACAGGAAGAGAGUGGGCUCUCACAUCUAUACCAAACAUAUCGGAUCUGACCGGCCACAGAGUCUGACCUGCAACUACAAGUGUGUCUUAGAUAACCUGUCUCGCUAUGGAGAACCUGGACAUGACAUAUCUCAGAGUCUGCAGGUGUCCUUGCGGCUGGACCGAGUUCCUGUGAUGGGGGAGGACAUCGCCCUGACCGUUACAGUGAGAAACACCGGUCACAGUCUGAGAAUAUUCAGGGAGCAUGUCAACGCCCAGGCCAAAGUGUACAACAGAGGUGCGCAGCAAACACUGUGGGAGACGCACAACCGACUGCACGUCCAGCCUGGAGAGGUGCUGCUAAUUGAGCAUGUGAUCCCGCACGGUCAGUAUGAGAGCAAACUGACCAGUGACUGCCUGAUUAACUUGGCCGCUGUCGUGGAGGACGAGAGGACACAAGAACACAUGCUGGUGUCCGAGGAGUUCAACAUCAGCAUCCCCAACAUCUCCAUACAGGUCACAGGUGGAGAUACAGUGGUACUGCAUAAGGAACACAGUGCUGAGGUCAGCUUCACUAACAUCUUUAGCACCGCCAUGAAUGACACCGUACUGACCGUGGAGGGCACUUCUUUGAUACAGGGCAAGCACCAAUCACGGCUGUAUCUGUUACAGCCGGGCCAGGUGAUGAAGACAAAGGUGACCUUCAUACCUGUCGGCCUCGGCGUGAAGGUGCUGCAUGCUAAGCUGACAUUCAGAAACCUUCCAGCCCUCGUCAUCAGAGGAACCCAUAAAGUCUCAGUCACACCGGCCUAA